AUGCGUUCUUUCAUCCCCUUCGCCGCCGUUCUGGCUACCGUCUCCAACGCCCUGCCAUGCGCCGCUGAGUCCUGUCAGCUCAACGAGAUCCCCUCUACCGUGGUCUGUGGCGGCAACGGCUAUGUGUCCGCUACCAACACCCCGUGGUACAAGAAGUCCCAGGCCGAGGGCACCGUCGGGAAGUGCAUUGCUGCCUGCACGGGCGGAUGCAAGGCCGUCAGCUUCGACACCCAGUACAACACUUGCUACUUCUACACUGCCGAGGUCACCAAGAUGAAGCUCUACGGAACGUCCACCUUCAACUACUUCGACCGCGCUUGCACCUUUGAGACGACCCCCGAGAGUGUCUGUGGUGGCAAUGGCUACGUCGCUGCUACGAAUACACCUUGGUACAAGAAGUCCCAGGCUGAGGGUACCAUGGGCAAAUGUCUCGCGGCCUGCACGGGCGGAUGCAAGGCUGUCAGCUUCGACACCCAGUACAAGACCUGCUACUUCUACUUCUCCGAGGUCACCAAGAUGAAGCUCUACGGAAAGUCCAGCUUCCACUACUUUGACCGAGCCUGCAAGUACGAGAACGUUGACCACACCGUCUGCGGCCAGCGCGGUUCGGGCGGCCCGGAGCCUCUUGAUACCAAGAUCAUCUCCUCCGGGGUCAAGGAUGAGUGUCUCGCCUUCUGCCACGUCGAUCCCGGUUGUGAAUCUGUCAGCUACAACCCGACCGACAAGAAGUGCUCCAAGUACGAGGUCGCGGUCGCGGAUGCUGGUGUCACCCUGGCUGCCGAGGGCACCAGCUUGUUCUACGACGAGGAAUGCUACAAGUGCACUGCCGUCGUCGAACCCCAACGCAAGGCCUAA